GGUGAUCCAAACACCACAAGGUAACGCUGACCACCAGAGAGUUGGAAAAGGGGCGGUCGCCCUGUCUUUCUCUCGCCUCCGUUCCUCUCUGGCUCGAUCGCUCCUGUUUCUCUGGCUUCGGCUUCUUCGGUUGCCCUUGCCGAGAAGAAGAGGGGAGAGGGAGGGAGGAGGGAGGGAGGGGCCCGAAUCCCCUCGCCGUCGAGUGCAAUGGAGUCGGAUAGCGUGGAAUGCGUCUCGUCGAUCGACGGAAUGGACGAGGAUGAGACCUCCCCUCCCCACCCCGCUUCGUCAAAGAUCCACGCCGGCGCCGCUACCCCCGCUGGGAUUCCCGCUGCCACCAGCGUCCACGAGCUCCUCGAGUGCCCUGUCUGUACAAACUCCAUGUAUCCCCCAAUCCACCAGUGUCAAAAUGGGCAUACAAUUUGUUCCACAUGCAAAGCAAGGGUGCACAACCGAUGCCCUACUUGUCGACAGGAGCUUGGAGACAUUAGGUGUUUAGCAUUGGAAAAAGUAGCUGAGUCACUUGAGCUUCCUUGCAAAUAUAAUUCACUUGGUUGCCCAGAGAUCUUUCCAUACUACAGCAAACUGAAGCAUGAAGCCCAGUGCAGCUAUAGGCCUUACAAUUGCCCGUAUGCUGGAUCUGAAUGCGCAGUUGUGGGGGAUAUCCCUUUUCUAGUUACACAUUUAAGAGAUGACCACAAGGUAGACAUGCACAGUGGUUGCACAUUUAAUCAUCGAUAUGUCAAAUCUAACCCUAGAGAGGUUGAAAAUGCUACAUGGAUGCUGACUGUAUUUAAUUGUUUUGGUCAUUACUUCUGCUUGCACUUUGAAGCCUUCCAGCUGGGAAUGGCUCCUGUGUAUAUGGCAUUUCUGCGUUUCAUGGGAGAUGAGAAUGAAGCGCGAAAUUUCAGCUAUAGCGUUGAGGUUGGGGCCAAUGGAAGGAAGCUAAUAUGGGAAGGUACACCUCGAAGUAUUCGUGAUAGUCACCGCAAAGUCCGGGACAGUCAUGACGGUCUUAUCAUUCAGAGAAACAUGGCUCUCUUCUUUUCUGGUGGUGAUAGGAAAGAACUGAAACUGAGGGUCACUGGUCGGAUAUGGAAGGAGCAACAGAACAAUGAUGCCGGAGUUUGCAUGCCAAGCGUCUGCAGCUGACUUUGAGCUGAUUCGAUCUAUUCUGGAUACUAUCAUACCUCAUGAUGGAAGUCUUUCCUAAAAUUCUUUCGACCUAGUGUAGUUGAACUUCUAACUGUGUUUUUAAGGAUCAAGUGUCAUCUAAGAUGUAUUUGAAGAGUCAAGUUAAUUUGCCAAGCAUGUCAAAUUUUGCCAUGUGUUGGAAAAAGUGGCCACAGUUGAAAGUCAAAUUAUGUUAUCCAGGAGAUCAACGUGAAUUUAAAGAAGAAAUUGUAAAACACGGAUGAACGAAACUCAUUGACCUAAACUUUGUGAUAUUCUUUUAUUGCAUUGCUGAGUUGCCAUGUCUAGUUGCUUGCA